GAGUCUUCACACAUACCAGUAGUAGGGUUUUAAUCUUUACUCUCUCUUUUCUCUCAGAAAUUAUCAAAGAAGAUAAAUCCAAACCCUAAAAAUCAGAACUUGGAAACAAACCCAAAAAAAGUUCACUCCUUUUUCACCAUCUUCUUCUUCAGCAAACCCUAGCUAGUGGUUUUUCUGAGCUGAAUUUUCUGCUGCAAACCCUAAAACCCAUGAACGGAAUUACCCAUUUUUACCUGGCUUGAGCACUCAAUUUGCAUUCAGAAAAUGACUCAUUUCUGCUGAAUUCAACAUAAUGUUGUUGCCCAUCAAGCCCACUUCAAUCAAGUAGGUGAGAGAGGGAGGCCAUGGAAGGGGAUGAACGAGGGAUAGUGUUGGCUUGUGCAAUUUCGGGAAGCCUUUUUGCAGUUUUGGGUUCGGCUUCGUUUUCGAUUCUCUGGGCUGUGAAUUGGCGGCCUUGGCGACUUUAUAGUUGGAUAUUUGCGAGAAAAUGGCCAAAUAUAUUACAAGGACCUCAGCUGGGUAUAGUAUGUCGAGUUCUGUCUCUACUGGCAUGGAUAGUUGUUAUAUCUCCAGUUGCUGUGCUUAUCAUGUGGGGAUGCUGGUUGAUUGUAAUACUUGGUCGGGAUAUAGUUGGUCUGGCUAUAAUAAUGGCUGGCACUGCUCUUUUAUUGGCCUUCUAUUCAAUCAUGCUUUGGUGGAGAACACAAUGGCAAAGCUCAAGGGCUGUCGCUUUGCUUCUUCUUCUUGCUGUUGCCCUACUCUGUGCAUAUGAGCUUUGUGCUGUGUAUGUUACAGCUGGUUUAAAUGCAUCUGAACGAUAUUCGCCUUCUGGUUUCUUUUUUGGUGUAUCUGCAAUUGCAUUAGCAAUCAACAUGCUCUUUAUUUGUCGAAUGGUCUUUAAUGGGAAUGGCUUAGAUGUAGAUGAGUAUGUGCGGAGGGCUUAUAAAUUUGCUUAUCCUGAUGGUAUAGAGAUGGGUCCUUUGGCUUGUUUACCAGAACCACCUGAUCCCAAUGAGUUGUAUCCUCGACAAUCGAGUAGGGCUUCGCAUCUUGGACUUCUCUACUUUGGCUCGCUUGUAGUUCUUUUUGUCUAUUCCAUCUUAUAUGGUCUGACAGCAAAGGACUCCUGCUGGCUUGGAGCAAUUACAUCAGCUGCUGUCAUCAUUCUUGAUUGGAACAUGGGGGCAUGCUUGUAUGGAUUUCAGCUUCUGCAAAAUCGUGUUGCAGCUCUUUUUGUCGCUGGAACAUCUCGGGUUUUCCUCAUUUGCUUUGGGGUGCAUUAUUGGUACUUGGGGCACUGUAUCAGUUACGCAGUUGUAGCCUCAUUCCUAUUAGGUGCUGCAGUUUCUCGUCAUUUGUCAGUUACAAACCCGUUAGCUGCUAGGAGAGAUGCCUUAAAGAGUACAGUGAUUCGCCUAAGGGAGGGAUUUCGCAGAAAAGAACAAAACAGUUCAUCCAGCUCUUCUGAAGGUUGUGGUUCAAGUAUGAAGCGUAGUAGUAGUGCUGAAGCAGGUCACCUUGGUAAUAUUAUUGAAGCUAGUGGCCAGAGUACAGCACAAUGUAUAGUUGAUGCUAGUAAUUGGAAUAAUGGUCUUUUUUGUCGAAAUGCCAGUUCUCAUGAGGGUAUCCAUAGUGAUAAGAGCAUGGAUAGUGGACGGCCAAGUAUAGCAUUACGUAGCAGUUCUUGUCGUUCAGUUGUCCAAGAGCCAGAAGCUGGGACUUCCUUUGCAGAUAAAAAUUAUGAUCAAAAUAACUCCCUGGUUGUUUGCUCUAGUAGUGGUCUUGAUAGCCAGGGCUGUGAGUCUAGCACUUCAGCAAAUCAACAAAUGUUAGAUUUAAAUUUAGCCCUUGCCUUCCAGGAAAGGUUGAAUGACCCUAGGAUUACGUCCCUGUUGAAGAGGAAGGCAAGACAAGGGGAUCGAGAAUUGACUAGUUUAUUGCAGGAUAAGGGAUUGGAUCCAAAUUUUGCCAUGAUGUUGAAGGAGAAGAGCUUGGAUCCUACUAUAUUGGCAUUACUGCAGAGAAGUAGUUUGGAUGCGGACAGAGAUCAUUGUGACAAUACCAAUGUGACAAUCAUCGACUCAAACAGUGUUGAUAAUGUUAUGCCUAAUCAAAUUUCUCUUUCAGAAGAGCUAAGGCUUCAUGGGCUUGAAAAGUGGCUUCAAAUGUCUAGAUUUUUUUUGCAUCAUGUAGCAGGAACUCCAGAGCGAGCGUGGGUUCUCUUUAGUUUUGUUUUCAUUCUUGAAACAAUCAGUGUAGCGAUUGUUCGUCCAAGGACUAUUAGAAUUAUAAAUGCUACACACCAACAAUUCGAAUUCGGCUUUGCAGUUCUGCUUUUAUCUCCUGUUGUCUGUUCAAUCAUGGCUUUUCUCCGCUCCCUUCAAGCUGAAGAUAUGGCCAUGACGUCAAAACCUCGCAAGUAUGGAUUUAUCGCCUGGCUGCUAAGUACUAGUGUUGGAUUGCUGCUUUCCUUCUUGAGUAAAUCAUCAGUACUUCUAGGCCUUUCCUUGACUGUCCCACUCAUGGUGGCUUGCCUUUCUGUUGCAAUUCCAAUAUGGAUACGUAAUGGUUAUCAGUUUUGGGUUUCACAAGUAGAAUCUACAACGACUCCUGCAGGAAAUGAUCGACCUCCUGGGAGAAAGGAGGGUGUGGUUCUUGUUGUUUGUAUAACUGUAUUUGCUGGAUCUGUAUUAGCUCUGGGUGCAAUAGUAUCUUCAAAGCCAUUGGAUGAUUUGAACUACAAGGGAUGGACUGGUGACUCUCAUAGUUUUACUUCUCCUUAUGCUUCAUCUGUGUACCUUGGUUGGGUUAUGGCAUCAGUGAUUGCUUUAUUAGUCACUGGUGUACUGCCAAUUGUUUCAUGGUUUGCCACAUAUCGGUUUUCCCUAUCUUCUGCUAUAUGUGUUGGGAUAUUUGCAGCUGUCCUUGUGGCAUUUUGUGGUGCAUCCUACUUGGAAGUUGUCAAAUCUAGGGAUGACCAGGUCCCAACAAAGGGUGAUUUUCUUGCUUCUUUAAUUCCUCUGGUGUGCAUUCCAGCGUUGCUAUCACUUUGCUCUGGAUUGCUCAAAUGGAAAGAUGAUGGUUGGAGGCUUUCCCGAGGUGUAUAUGUAUUUGUUACUAUUGGUCUUCUUCUUCUGCUUGGUGCAAUAUCAGCUGUUAUUGUUGUAAUAAAGCCUUGGACGGUAGGGGUAGCAUUUCUCUUACUUCUGCUCUUGAUCGUGCUAGCCAUUGGUGUCAUCCAUCAUUGGGCUUCAAACAAUUUUUAUUUGACCCGGACCCAAAUGUUCUUUGUUUGUUUCGUUGCCUUUCUUUUGGGUUUGGCUGCAUUUCUUGUUGGAUGGUUUGAUGAUAAGCCUUUUGUUGGAGCAUCUGUUGGUUAUUUUUCGUUUCUGUUUCUUCUUGCUGGAAGAGCAUUGACUGUUCUUCUUUCGCCUCCAAUUGUAGUUUAUUCUCCACGGGUACUGCCUGUAUAUGUUUAUGAUGCUCAUGCUGAUAGUGGAAAGAAUGUCAGUGUUGCAUUUCUUGUGCUUUACGGGGUUGCACUGGCAAUUGAGGGCUGGGGUGUUGUUGCUAGUUUAAAAAUUUACCCACCAUUUGCUGGAGCUGCUGUAUCUGCAAUUGCUCUUGUUGUAGCUUUUGGAUUUGCUGUCUCUCGUCCAUGUCUAACUCUUAAGAUGAUGGAAGAUGCUGUUAAUUUUCUCAGCAAGGAUACUGUUGUUCAAGCAAUUUCUCGAUCUGCAACUAAGACAAGAAAUGCUUUGUCUGGAACUUAUUCAGCUCCCCAGAGAUCUGCUAGUUCAACAGCUCUGUUGGUUGGAGACCCUAGUGCUACACGUGAUAAGCAAGGAAACUUAAUGCUUCCUAGAGAUGAUGUCAUGAAAUUGAGGGAUCGUCUGAGAAAUGAGGAAUUAGUUGCUGGCUCAUUCUUUUGCAGAAUGAGAUAUGGGCGUUUUCGCCGUGAAUUGGCCAGUGAUUAUGAUCACAGAAGAGAAAUGUGUACUCAUGCAAGAAUUCUGGCUUUGGAAGAGGCAAUUGAUACUGAAUGGGUAUACAUGUGGGAUAAAUUUGGGGGUUAUUUACUUCUGUUGCUCGGUUUGACUGCUAAGGCUGAACAAGUACAGGAUGAGGUACGGUUGAGACUCUUUCUUGAUAGCAUAGGGUUUUCAGACCUAAGUGCUAAGAAAAUUAAGAAGUGGAUGCCAGAGGAUCGUAGGCAGUUUGAAAUUAUCCAGGAGAGUUAUAUAAGAGAAAAGGAGAUGGAAGAGGAAAUCUUAAUGCAAAGACGUGAAGAGGAGGGGAGAGGUAAAGAAAGAAGGAAAGCUCUCCUUGAGAGGGAAGAACGCAAGUGGAAGGAGAUUGAAGCUUCUCUCAUUUCCUCUAUUCCUAAUGCUGGAAGUAGGGAGGCAGCAGCCAUGGCAGCUGCUGUGCGGGCAGUAGGUUGUGAUUCUGUUCUUGAGGAUUCGUUUGCACGAGAGAGGGUUUCAAACAUUGCACAUAGGAUACGCACUGCUCAGCUAGCUCGGCGAGCACUGCAGACUGGAAUUACUGGUGCUAUUUGUGUUCUUGAUGAUGAACCAACUACAAGUGGCAGACACUGUGGACAGAUUGACCAAAGCAUAUGCCAAAGUAAAAGGGUUAGCUUUUCCAUUGCAGUGAUGAUCCAACCUGAGUCUGGUCCAGUUUGUCUUCUAGGCACCGAGUCUCAGAAGAAAUUCUGCUGGGAAAUUCUGGUGGCUGGUUCUGAGCAAGGUAUUGAGGCUGGACAAGUUGGGCUUAGAUUGAUUACAAAAGGUGAUAGGCAGACUAUUGCAAAGGAUUGGAGUAUUAGUGCGACAAGUAUUGCAGAUGGCAGGUGGCAUAUUGUGACAAUGACCAUUGAUGCUGAUUUAGGUGAGGCAACUUGCUAUUUGGAUGGUGUUUAUGAUGGCUACCAAACUGGGUUGGCGUUGUCUGUGGGCAAUAGCAUUUGGGAUUUAGGGACUGAGGUGUAUGUUGGUGUUAGACCACCUACCGAAAUGGAUCUAUUUGGGAGGUCGGAUAGUGAAGGAGCUGAGUCUAAGAUGCAUAUAAUGGAUGUUUUCCUAUGGGGAAGGUGCUUAACCGAAGAUGAGGUGGCUACUCUUUAUACUGCUAUAUGUUCAGCAGAGUUCAGCAUGGAUGAAUAUCCUGAAGAUAAUUGGCAAUGGGCAGAUUCACCUCCAAGAGUUGAUGAGUGGGAUAGUGAUCCUGCAGAUGUAGACCUUUAUGAUAGGGAUGACAUAGAUUGGGAUGGGCAAUAUUCAAGUGGGAGGAAAAGAAGGGCAGAUCGUGAUGGCAUGGUAAUCCAUGUUGAUUCCUUUGCUAGGAAAUUCAGGAAGCCUCGGAUGGAAACACAAGAAGAAAUUUAUCAACGGAUGCUUUCAGUUGAAUUGGCUGUCAAAGAAGCCCUCGUUGCCAGAGGUGAAAGACAAUUUACUGAUCAGGAGUUCCCUCCAAAUGAACUGUCAUUAUUUGUGGAUCCAGAAAAUCCUGCCCCUAAGUUACAGGUUGUUGCUGAGUGGAUGAGGCCUUCUGAAAUUGUGAAAGAGAGCCGUUUAGAUUGUCUUCCGUGCUUGUUUUCCGGAGCUGUAAACCCCUCUGAUGUUUGUCAGGGUCGAUUGGGGGAUUGUUGGUUUCUGAGUGCUGUUGCUGUUCUAACGGAGGUCUCACGAAUAUCAGAAGUGAUUAUUACUCCUGAGUACAACGAGGAAGGAAUCUACACUGUUCGCUUCUGUAUUCAGGGUGAGUGGGUCCCUGUUGUUGUUGACGAUUGGAUUCCUUGUGAAUCACUGGGUAAACCAGCAUUUGCCACCAGCAAGAAGGGUAAUGAACUUUGGGUCUCUAUAUUGGAGAAGGCAUAUGCCAAAUUGCACGGUUCUUAUGAGGCACUGGAAGGAGGGCUUGUUCAGGAUGCCCUUGUGGACCUUACUGGGGGUGCUGGUGAGGAGAUUGACAUGAGGAGUGCCCAGGCCCAGAUUGAUCUUGCAAGUGGUAGAUUAUGGUCUCAAUUGUUGCGCUUUAAACAAGAAGGAUUCCUACUUGGUGCUGGGAGUCCAUCAGGUUCUGAUGUGCACAUUUCUUCCAGCGGCAUUGUGCAAGGGCAUGCUUACUCAAUAUUGCAGGUGAGAGAGGUUGACGGCCACAAGCUUGUUCAAAUCCGAAACCCAUGGGCUAAUGAAGUUGAGUGGAAUGGUCCUUGGUCUGACUCAUCUCCUGAGUGGACUGAUAGGAUGAAGCACAAGCUGAAGCAUGUUCCACAGUCUAAAGAUGGUAUAUUCUGGAUGUCGUGGCAAGACUUUCAGAUUCACUUUAGAUCGAUAUAUGUUUGUCGUGUCUACCCCCCCGAGAUGCGCUAUUCUGUGCAUGGCCAGUGGCGAGGUUACAGUGCUGGUGGCUGUCAAGAUUAUGCUUCAUGGAAUCAAAAUCCACAGUUCCGACUCAGGGCCACUGGUUCAGAUGCAUCAUAUCCAAUCCAUGUGUUCAUUACGUUAACUCAGGGUGUGAGUUUUUCGAGAACUGCUGCUGGUUUUAGAAAUUAUCAAUCUAGUCAUGAUUCAAUGAUGUUCUAUAUUGGGAUGAGGAUACUCAAAACCCGUGGUCGUCGCGCUGCUCACAACAUUUACCUACAUGAAUCAGUCGGAGGGACAGAUUAUGUAAACUCUCGAGAAAUAUCUUGUGAGAUGGUUCUGGACCCUGAUCCAAAGGGUUACACAAUAGUGCCUACAACUAUACAUCCUGGGGAGGAAGCACCGUUUGUUCUUUCUGUUUUCACCAAAGCAUCAAUAAUCCUGGAAGCUUUAUAGUACAGUGGUGGUGCUUCAGUUGAUUUUUGAUCCUAGAGGCUUGGAGCAAACCUGUAAAAUUGAGGUGCUUGGGUUCUCCAUGGAUAUGUGCAACACGAGCAGGUCUAGUUGAACCACAAACCAAUGCACAUAAUCACUAGGGCUGUGCAUGAUGUGGUUCUUAGCUCUGCAAGGAUGGCCUGCGAGUAGUUAGCAAUUCAUUAGACUGAUGCAACUGUCAGUGUUGAUUGAUUCUGCAAAGUUCAUUGUGUGGAAUAUAUCAUACCUGCAUCAGCUGGAAAGGUUUUUUGUUGACAUGGGGGAUGAUCACGAAAAUUCGGAUGGGUAGCUCCCUCAGCGUGAUUAGUAGGACAGGCAUCUGACACGAUUCUUGGGUGGUGAACUGUACAUUUUGUAGGUAUUGUAAGGAAUAUAGUUCUCUGAUCAUGUAAAUUUCAGUUAAAAAGUAAAGCUGGCAAUCAAUAGGAAAAUAAUUUACUAAUGUCUAAUUCAUAGGGAAUGCAGAAAAGCAUUGUAGCUGGGAAACCAAAAGGACAAUUUUUUCAGCUGCAGUUUUGAAAUGCUUUAUAAGCUGAACCAUUAGUCAUUUGUACAAAUGUUCUUUCUUGCAAUAUAAUCCCCAUUUGAUGUU